AUGGGAGAGCGGACGCCUAGAGUUCGCACUCGUGCUGCAUAUCACUUCGUACUAGCCAACUCAACACAUCCUCUCAAUAACAUCUGCGAUGAGGAUACUGGACUUUGCCACCUCCCGAAGAGCAUCUACCGGAAGCCUCGGUCCAAGAUGA